AUGGCCACUACUGAAGUACAACUUAGUGAACGUCAACCAAUGUUAAUUUCAACUACUGAAGAAGUUGUUCAUUCAAAUCCGGUUGCUUCAUCAACCAUACCUAUUGAAAGUAGUACAACAAUUAUACGAAAGGAUGUUGAAAUUGUACCUGAAGAUAAAAAUAAAUUUAUUCAAGUUAUUCGACCAUUAUUAGUUGAACUUAUUGGUACAAUGUUAUUUGUUCUUAUUGGUAUGUGGGGUGCAUGUUCAGGUGGUGUUCUAAAUGCUGCAUUAGCAUUUGGUCUUGCAUUAAUGGUAUUUGCUGCUAGUUUUGGACAUAUAUCAGGUGUUCAUUUUAAUCCAGCUGUUACACUUGGUAUUUUAAUUGCUGGUGAAAUGCAAGCUGUUAUGGCUGUACUUUAUGUUGUUAUGCAACUUUUAGGAGGUAUUGCCGCUGGUGGUCUUUUACGUUUAUUACUUGCAACACGGAUUUAUAAUGAUUGUAAAGGUGGUGCAACAUUAUUAACAAAAUAUAUUGUUGCAAAUGAAACAAGUGUUAAAGGUGGAGUUUAUGUUGCUGAUUAUGUUCGAAUUUGGCAAGGUAUUUUAAUUGAAUUUAUUGUUACAUUCAUUCUUGUUACUGUCAUUCUUAUGGUUGUAAUUGAUACAAAAUCUAAAACUGGUCUUGCAUCAAUUCUUGUUGGAUUUACAUUAGCCGCUAAUAUACUUGCUGUUGGUACACUUACCGGUGGUUCACUUAAUCCGGCUCGUUCACUUGGUCCAGCUAUAUUUGCUGAGCAAUGGGAACAUCAUUAUGUUUAUUGGAUUGGUCCACUUGUCGGAGCUGUUGUUGCUGGUUUUCUUUAUCGAACGGUUUGGGCUCAUUAUGAUCGUCGUAUGUUUGUUAAACGUACAACAACAACUGUCAAAGCAUAA